CUAGGAUCAUCUGCCCAAUGCUAUUGGUCGCCCAAGGCGCAACAGAGCUUUCCUGAUUGAUCGACGUUCUUCUCGUCUCGGUUCCUGGCCCGCCUCCUGUCUCCCACCCUCCGCUAGUUCGGUCCUUAGGUAGACCAUGGCCCUGAGAGCAUGUGGCUUGAUCAUCUUCCGAAGAUGCCUUGUUCCCAAAUUAGACAACAGUGCAGUUGAGUUUCUACUGCUGCAGGCGUCAGAUGGCAUUCAUCACUGGACUCCUCCCAAAGGCCAUGUGGAACCAGGAGAGAAUGACUUGGAAGCAGCUCUGAGGGAGACCUGGGAAGAAACAGGCAUAGAAGCAGGCCAACUGACUAUUAUUGAGGGGUUCAGAAGGGAGCUCAAUUAUGUGGCCAGGAAGAAGCCUAAAACAGUCAUCUACUGGCUGGCAAAGGUGAAGGACUAUGAUGUGGAGAUCCGCCUCUCUCCCGAGCACCAGGCCUACCGCUGGCUGAGGCUGGACGAAGCCUGCCAGUUGGCUCAGUUCAAGGAGAUGAAGGAAGUGCUACAAGAAGGACACCAGUUUCUCUGUUCCACAGCAGCUUGAGCUGACAGGAGCCAGAGUCAUUUGGCUUUUCCUGGAUUGGCCUUGGUAGGAUCCCUGAGGGCCUUCUGAAAUGAGCCCACCCUCCAGUCCAGCUUUGGGGAAGGCUGUGCUGUCUCUGUUUCAUCACAGCGAAGAACAGAUAAGUUAGUGAAAUCGGUUGAGGGCUCUCAGAUGAGAACAAGCAAAAAUCUUGGCUGGAUGGAAAGAAAGGCAAAGGAAGAGCUAACAUUUUUUAAAAGGCCAGGUCCAGUAAAUCAUCCUUGUACUUUAUAAAUAAACACCAAGCAGCUUAUCUGUCCUUCUAA